AUGCCCAUCAAGCCCCUCACAUUCAAAGGCGACAAGAAGCCCAAAAAGCGCAAGCACCGUCACGACGAAGAUGUCGGCGACUCCCAGACCGCCGGUGGCCAGUCCACCACAGUCGAUCCCUCCGAUGACGACUCCUGGACCACUCCCGACACGCCCAGCGACCUCUCCGGCCCCGUGCUACUUGUCCUCCCCACCUCCCCACCCACGACUCUGGCCGCCGACGCGCACGGCAACGUCUUUGCCUCGCCGCUCGAAAACAUCGUCGAGGGCGUCGCGGAAACGGCAGAACCUCAUGAUGUGAGACAGGUCUGGGUCGCGAGUUCCGUGGCCGGAAUGGGCAAGGGGGAGAUGAGCUUCAAGGGGAGCCAUGGUGGGUUUUUGAGCUGUGACUCGGUGGGCGUGCUGGGGGCCAAGAGGGAGGCCAGAGGCGUCGAGGAGGGGUUCAUAGUGGAGGAGCUGGUGGACGGUUCUGAAGAUUCUGGGGGAAGAACGAGGUGGCGGCUACGAACUGCGGCGUCCAAGCUGGAGGAUGGUGACAAAGGGAGACGAUAUCUGUGCGCCGUCACAGAGGCGAAGCCGACAAACGCAAAAUUAAUCAACAUUUCACUACGUGGGGAUGGCGAGGCUUCGUCAGAUUCCACCCACCUGGUCCUCAAAAUGCAAGCUCGCUUCAAACCACGAAUACAGCAGAAUAAAGAGACAAAGGCACGGGAAAAGAUCAGUCGGAGGGAGCUUGAACAAGCGGUUGGCCGAAGAUUGGAGGAUGAAGAAGUGAAACGCUUGAAAAGGGCGAAGAAGGAAGGCAAUUUCUACGAGGAGGUCCUGGACGUUCGGGUCAAAGGGAAGCAUGACAAGUUCGCCAGUUAG